AUGACUCCAUCAUGGUUGGCCGCCGGCCUUCUCUGCUUCGUUCGGGUCUCGGCCGCCCUUGGACCCCAACUCGGGCCCGCGGAGAUGUGGAGGGAGUUCCGGAAGGAAUCCACCCCUGAAGUCGCGGGACCGGCUGCGUCCCGACUAUUCCAGAAUGAAGCUGGCCCUGGAGCUCCGGAUCCUUCGACCCUCUACCGGGCCUACAACCUUUCAGUGCCUGUCGAUCAUUUUCACAACGAUUCGCUCUACGAACCUCACUCGGACGCGUCCUUUCCUCUUCGCUACUGGUACGAUGACAGAUUCUACAAGCCCGGCGGCCCCGUCAUUGCACUAGCAGCAGGCGAAACGAGCGGCCAAGGUCGACUUCCCUUUUUGCAGAAGGGCAUCGUCGCUAUUCUGGCGGAAGCGACAAACGGAGUCGGCGUGAUCCUGGAGCACCGCUACUACGGCCGAAGUGUUCCGACGCCGGACUUCAGCACCGAAAACCUCCGGUUCUUGACGACGGACCAGGCUCUCGCUGAUACCGCCUAUUUCGCAAAGAACAUUAAAUUCCCUGGCAAACUUUCGAAUGUCAGCUUGACCGCCCCUGACACGCCGUGGAUAGUGUAUGGUGGUUCGUAUGCGGGCGCCUUCGUCGCGUUUCUCCGCAAGGUGUACCCCGAGCUAUUCGUGGGUGCCAUCUCGUCGUCCGGUGUGACGGCAGCUGUGGUCGACUUCUGGGCCUACUACGAGGCAGCGCGGCUUUAUGCGCCGGGUGACUGCGCUGAGACGACCCAGAAGCUGACGCACGUGGUCGACAACAUCUUGUUCCAAAAGGGCAACGCUACGGAAGAUGACAUCGUUUUGUUGAAAACAGCCUUCGGGCUGGAAAACGUCACCAACAGCGCCGACUUUGGAAGCGCCAUUCAAGGAGGCAUCGCAGGGCUGCAGGGCCGUAACUGGGACCCAGCCAUCGAUAGUCGAGGCUUCCUCCGAUACUGUGGCAACAUGACCUCGGACGAGGUUAUUUGGCCUGAGACUGAGAGCCUCGAUUCUACUAUUCGCCAGCUCCUGGCCACCGGUGGGUACGAGAAAGAGACGGAGAAGUUGGCAACACGUUUCAAGAAUUACAUCGGCUACGUCGACUUCACCACUGUUUCUCGAUGUGACGGCGAUCAAGACGAGUGCUUCGGCCCAGGCUCCGAUGAGUCUUACGCAGCGGAUGAUAUCAACCAGACUUGGCGUCUUUGGCCAUACCAAUACUGCACACAAUGGGGAUAUCUCCAAACGGGGUCUGGAGUGCCAGAGACUCAAUUGCCGUUGAUCUCACGGACGAUCGACCUCGAAUACUCAACCGUCAUCUGCCGCAAGGCAUUCAAUAUUACCACCUUGCCGAACGUGGAUGCCAUUAAUAAGUACGGCGGGUACAACUUCAGCUACCCUCGUGUAGCUAUCAUCGAUGGCGAGUCGGACCCAUGGAGGCAAGCUACUCCCAACAAGAUCGGAUUGCCUCGUCCUGAAUCAACAACCGAGGAGCCGAAUCUUGUCAUCGGAGGGGGCGCAGUCCAUCAUUGGGAUGAGAACGGCCUCUUCAAGAACGAAACGACGGCCGAGCUUCCUCCGGGUCCUGUGAAGGAGGCACAGGCUUUUGAGGUCGAGUUUGUCAAGGCAUGGUUGAAGGAGUGGAAACAAGCUCGACGGUGA